AUGCAGUCCCUCACCUCAACCCUACGCUCCGUGUCCCUCGUCUCUCGACGAUGCAUCUCUUCCACCUCCGCUGCGACAGCGACCACCUCCACCUCCACCCCUGCCACCUCACCCACGGCGACUGAACGCACGUCCACUGCCGCCGAUCCGGUCUGGACACCUUCGACCCAACGAACGGGGGUGUUGGCGAGAAAGUUGGGCAUGACCGCGUUGUGGCAACAGGGAGUCAGGGUACCGGUUACGGUGUUGCAUGUACGUCUUCAAGGGCCGGGAUUCGGUGUGGCUUUCGCCUUCGCGGGUCGUUUGCUUGCUCUCGUGGGAUGCCUCGAGAGGAGGAACAGACGGCGAGGCUAAUCAUUCACCGGUACUCACUUUGCUUUCCUAUCGCCUGCAGCUCGACGACGUCCAAGUGAUCGAAUCGCGUUCCUACCCCGCGACGUCGAAAUCCCCCGCGCACCACUCCGUCAUCGUCGGUGCCAGUCCCCGAAAGCGGAAAACGACCCAUAACGCUCUCCUCGGUCAAUUCAGAAAAGUCGGCGUCGAACCCAAGAUGAGGUUGGCCGAGUUCGAGGUCACCGAAGACGCGUUGGUUCCGAGUGGUAAGUUCUUGACGCGGAACCCCUUCCCCAACAAGCUUGGUGGACAGAGCGGGAGCUUACUCUUUGUUGAACUUGGGUACAGGCACUCGUUUUUCGGCGGCGCAUUUCGUUCCGGGACAACAUGUUGAUACGCAAGCACCUUCGUGAGUCAUCCAACUUGGGAUCCUCAACCCAACCGAAACCCCUUCCGAACACUCCCCCUCUUCCUCUCGCAUUUUUUCUGAACGAACAGCAUCGGCAAGGGGUUCCAAGGUCCGAUGAAGCGCCACGGAUUCAAAGGUCUUCGCGCCUCGCACGGUACCUCCGUAUCCCACCGUUCGCACGGUUCGACCGGUCAACACCAAGACCCCGGUCGGGUCUGGCCGGGUAAGAAAAUGGCCGGUCGAAUGGGCGGCAAGAACGUCACGACGCAGAAUCUGCUCGUGCAUAGGAUCGAUACGUUGCACAACGUGCUCUACGUCAAGGGGUGUGUGCCCGGCGCUCCCGGGGGGUUCGUGAGGGUCGUGGACGCGAAGAAGAAAGUGGGGUGGAAGGCGUUGAGUAGGGAAAAGUUUGGGUUGGGGAGGGAGGAGGGGGAGGUGUUGGAAGGGGUCAAGGGGUUGCCUAUGCCCGCUGGGAGUGUGGAGAUGGUGCAGAGGUUGGGUUUGCCGAGGGAAGUUGAAGUCGUUGUGAAGGAUGCAUAA